AUGCAUUACUACUCAGCCAAACGUGCAGGUCACGGCGGGUCAAAUGUUAGCGACGGAAGAAGACCCAAAUGCUCACCAUGUGAACAUGUUGCCCGUGACUGUCAUUGGAUCGCGGAAGCAGGCGCAACAACAGGGCCGAGAGUUCCAGCAUACCAAUCGAGCCCUUUGACCCCAGCUACUCACCGUGGAAUCGGAUAUACCUCCACAGAGCAUCCUGAAUAUGCUUUACAGGACCCCCAAGUUGCCAAAUUAUUCCGGCACUACAUAGGAACCUUGGCAGCAUGGUAUGAUCUCAAUGAUAGCAAGCGGAAUUUCAAGGAUAUCGUUCCCGUCAGGGCUCGAUAUAAUCCACUAUUGCUUAGCGCCAUUCUCGCAUUUUCUGCUGCCAACCAACAUCGCACCCUUGGGGAAGACGCGUAUCUGGAGAUCGCUGAAUUCUACCACUAUGACAGUGUGCGCAGAUUGAUUUCCCUCACUGGAAACAUUGAUAGCAUUCCUCUUGGCGAAACUCUUGCCGCCAUUUGCCUUUUGCGAUCUUAUGAGAUUAUCGCUCAGAACGUUAGCUCUCAGAGUCACUUGCACGGAUGCUAUUCUCUGCUGGCGAGUCGACAGAUCGAUCUCACGACAGACCUGCUCAGCGCAGGAUAUUGGAACUACCUACGGGAAGAUAUCACGGUCGCUCUCAUAGAACAACGUGGUCUAAUGAUCAGUCUUUCCGAUCAAAAUGCUCCACCCGAACCAACAGAGGAUGCCGACUUUGCUAACUACAUCACAUUCUUGCUGGGCAAGAUCAUCAACCGGUGUCUGUCUGUCGACUCGAGUGCACUGAGCUCUCUCGAAUGGGAGGCUAUGAAGGCCGGUCUAGACAGAUUCAAGUCAUCACUCCCGCCAUCGUUCGACACGAUACAAACACCCGGCCUCGGGCAACAGAGUAGUUUCCCGUCUAUUUGGACACUACGAAACUGGCAUGUGUCCACUCUCCAUUACUACCAUACCGCCAUGGGAAUUAUGUGGCUGGCCCAGCCUGCAACUCAACCCCCGAAAGCUCUACAACGCAUCGAUGAUAUGGAAUGUUUACGGCGGAGGUUAGAAUACCACGCCACUGAAAUUUGUGCCCUGGCUAUUUCAAGCGACUCGGCACCUGUCUGGGUCAAUGCUUUCGGACCAAUUGCUUUUUGUUGCCCUUGGAUUCGUGAUAACCAUAAGCGCGUCGAAAUGGCAGAGGAGUUGGGAAAAUGGGGGAAGUUGACUGGAUGGCCGGUUUCCAUUAUAGCUGAUGCUCUUUCUCCGUCGGACGUGGUCCGUUAA